AUGGUCUCCGCAUUCGACAAGUGCGAUACGCGACCCGCGCACAUCGACGCCAUCCUCAACGGCCUUGAUCGAUACAACCCCGAAACCACGACUGUGUUCCAGGACUACGUUGUGCAGCAAUGUGAGGAUAGGACGUUUGACUGCUAUGCCAAUUUGGCUCUUCUCAAGCUCUACCAAUUCAACCCCCACCUCCUCCAAACUGAAACAACAACCAACAUCCUCGCGAAAGCCCUCACCGUCUUCCCAUCACCCGCUUUCUCCCUUUCGCUCGCCCUCCUCCCCGCUCACACACAGCCCUUUGGCGCAUCUACAGAUGAUGGCGCCCAAUCCUCAGACUUUGUCGAGUCAAUCCAGAAACUCGCCCACCUCAACACCCUUCUUGAAUCAGCACAAUACGCUUUGUUCUGGUCGACUUUCAACUCCGAUGAUCUCUACGCCGAUCUUGUGGCUGAUGUAGCUGGAUUCGAGGAGCUUGUUCGCGUCCGUAUUGCGGUUGAAGUCGGAAAAACAUUCCGUGAGAUCAGUGCAGAUACGCUCGCACAAUGGUUUGAUCUCAAGAGCCGUGAAGCUCUCCAGAAAUUUGUGGUGGAUGUCUGUGGUUGGGAGGUUGAGGGUGCGCUUGUGCGUGUGCCCAAGAACAGAGAGAAUGAGGCUAGAUCGGAGAUUAAGAGUGAGAGAGUGGGCAUCGAUAUGUUUGGACGGGUCAUCAGACGGGGAUUCGAGCAGCCUGCUUAA